AACCUUUUAUUACAAACAAAGUGGUGCUACACAUUCGCGUUUAAUCAUCUGUUCGGAAGAUGGUGAGUGUGUUGUUACAACAACUGGACUGGGUACAAACCACUGGAUGGUUGGCAUUGCUGAAUGUGCCCGACGUAUUGCCGAUAUGAUUGAGCGUGCGAAAACCGAUGCAAAUAUACCGCAAGAGACACGUUUAACAAGUUUGGGCUUAAGUUUAAGCGGUUGCGAACAGGAGGCCACCAACCAUGAAUUGGAAAUGGAGUUGCGCACUUCUUUUCCCGAUAUAGCCGAACAUUAUUAUGUAUGCAGCGAUACUAUGGGCAGUAUUUUUACAGCUUCUCCCAGUGGUGGUAUGGUACUGAUAUCGGGUACCGGUUCAAACGCCCUAUUGAAAAAUCCGGAUGGAACUUCAUUUAGCUGCGGUGGUUGGGGGCAUUUCUUGGGUGAUGAGGGUAGUGCCUGGUAUAUUUCCCAUCGUGCCAUGAAGCUGGUCUUCGAAGACAUGGAUAAUUUCUGCAAAUCGCCAUAUCCCGUCGAAACUGUUUGGAAACUUAUACAGGAACACUUUAAUAUACAAACACGUCUCGAUUUAUUGCCACACUGUUAUGCCAAAUUCGAUAAACCCUUCUAUGCCAGUCUGUGCAAAAAACUCUCACAUGCCGCCGAACAAGGUGAUGAACUAUCGAAAUUUCUCUUUCGUGAGGCGGGUGCACAUAUAGCCAUUCAUAUCAAUUCGCUAGCACCAAAAGUUCACAAUGAUCUAGUUAGAGAGGGUGAUUUAAAUGUCGUCUGUGUUGGUUCGGUAUGGCUCAGUUGGCCUCUCCUUAAAGAUGGUUUUAUACAGGAAUUGAAAAAGGCCCAUAUACCGUUUGGCCUUAAGCUAAUACGUAUUACGAAAUGUAUGGCUUAUGGUGCCUGUUAUUUGGGAGCCGAUAGUAUUAAAUUUCCCUUACCACGUAAUUAUUUAAAUAAUUACAAAGUAAUGUAUCACUAUGAACAAAGUCACACUAAUGGUAAUGUGACUAUCAAUGGUAAUCACUCAAACUCUAAUGAAUAACACUGGUUUAUUGAAGAUCAAAUUAAGAAGCUACAAAAUGUUCCAUUUAAAGCCAACAUUCCAAAAAGAACAUUAAAUGUUUUUUGUCCUGUAAUCUAAAUCUUCCAUUUAUAUAAUUCAUUUAUUGUUUCUUUUUUUUUAUUACAUAGAAGUUUUAUAUUAAUUAAACAAAAAUUUUAAACAUUUGUAUUGGAUAAAUUUAUAGACUUGUAUUUUUUAACAAAAUAUAUAUAGAUACAUACAACAAA